AUGUCGUCAAAAGAACCAAUCCAAAAAGAUGAUGAGGAUCAAUCGACUCCUUCUAAACCUAAAUCAUCUCAAAGAACAAUAAUAUUAAGAAUGGUAUCAAUGACGAUUACCGAUAUCGGUUUACCCCUAAUCAUCUAUUUUGUUGUUUCAAAGCAUUUAUCAACUAUCAUAUCAUUAAUCAUAUCUGGUAUCCCACCAACUUUAUCAGUUAUUGUUAAUUUGAUCUUUCGCAGACAAAUCAAUGUCAUAGGAUUAUUAGUUAUUACCGGAUUUAUUGCUGGAAUUAUUGUAUCUGUAUAUCAAAAUGAUGCAAAAUUAUUCUUAUUAAGAGAAUCAUUUGUCACUGGUGUAAUUGGUUUAAUCUUCAUUAUAACUUUAAUUCCAAUCAAAAUUGGAUCAUUUAAAAUGCGACCAUUAAUAUUUUAUAAUAGUAAAAAUUUGGAAAUGGGAAGUCUUGAAGGUUUAACGGAGGAUGAACCUAUUCCUGAUCGUUGGGAAAGGUAUUGGAGACUUUAUCCUAGCUUUCGAAGAACAUUUUAUGUUUUAACUGCUGUUUGGGGAUUUGGUUUACUUAUUGAAGUUCCUGCUCGUAUUGCAAUUAUUUAUAAUACAACAGUUGACCAAGCUAUUUAUACUGGAUCUAUUGUUUUUUAUACUUGGCUUGGUUGUUUAGUUUUAUUUACCGUAAUUUAUUCCAGAGCGAUGAAAAAGAGAGGUGACGAACUACGUAAAGAGCAAGCAGAAGCAGAAGCCGCAUCUGCUGAUACUGCUAAUAAUAAUUAUAUAAUAGAUUGA